GGGUCGGGCCAUUGCAUGUUCUAUAUAUUCACCUUUUUAUCUUCUUCUCUUCAUUCAUUUCUUCCCCAAAGGUCUCCAUUAUCAAUUUCUCAUCCUCUUCCUCCCCGUCCUUCUCCGAUCAUCCCCCAAUUUCUCAGCUCACAUAACCAAUCAACUAAUACAUACAAUCACACAAACCUAUACACACAAGCCCCAAAUCUCUGAUCUUUGAACAGAACCCUCAAAACCCAAAGAUCUAAUCUCACAAAACCAUCGAUUAUUAACAAUCUAAUUCAAUUCACCCAAUUAUUUCUCUAUUUCACACCUCAAAUCAGAGACCCAAUUCACCGAUUGAGCGGAAACCCUAGAAAAAGAAAACGCCCAAUUAUGGAGAUAACUAGGGUUUCAAAGCAAACCCAAAAACCCAUCACCGCGAAACCCUCGUCGAUUUCUUCACACACCUCUACCUCCACUUCACUCACCGACACAACGAACGGCUCCCAUGACUUCAAGAUUAGCGGCUAUUCCUUGUCGAAAGGGAUGGGGAUUGGGAAAUACGUGGCGUCCGACACGUUUUUCGUCGGAGGGCAUUUGUGGGCAAUUUAUUUUUACCCGGAUGGGAAGAGUACGGAGGAUAAUGGGACUUAUGUCUCGUUGUUUAUCGCGUUGGCUAGUGAGGGGACCGAUGUUAGGGCGUUGUUUGAGCUGAGUUUGAUGGAUCAGAGUGGGAAGGAGAGGCAUAAGGUUCAUUCGCAUUUCGGGAGAGUUUUGGAUAGUGGUCCGUACACGCUUAAGUAUCGCGGAAGCAUGUGGGGUUACAAACGUUUUCUUAAGAGAAGUACUCUUGAGACAUCAGAUUACCUCAAGGAUGAUUGCCUUUUGGUCAAGUGUACUGUUGGGGUUGUCAAAUCACAAACAGAGGGUCCUAAGAUUUACUCUAUAUUGCCACCACCUUCAGAUAUUGGUCAGCACUUUGGACAGCUCUUAGAAAGUGGGGAGGGAGCUGAUUUGAAUAUUGAAGUUGAUGAUGAGAUUUUUGCUGCCCAUAAGUUGGUUCUUGCUACACGUUCCCCUGUUUUCAAGGCUCAACUUUUUGGUCCGAUGAAAGACCGAGACACACAAUGCAUCAAAAUUGAAGAAAUGGAAGCUUCAGUCUUUAAGGCAUUACUCCAUUUUAUAUACUGGGAUGCUCUUCCUGAUAUGGAAGAUCUUGGGGGUUUAACUACCAAAUGGGCUUCUUCUCUAAUGGCUCAGCAUCUGCUAGCAGCAGCAGACAGAUAUGGACUUGUUCGACUCAGAUUGCUCUGUGAGGCUAAGCUCUGUGAGGAUGUUGCUAUAAAUACUGUGGCCACAACUUUGGCUUUAGCAGAUCAGCAUCAUUGUUUCCAGCUGAAAUCUGUGUGUCUCAAAUUCGUUGCGCUUCCUGAAAAUUUAAAAGCUGUAAUGCAGACAGAUGGGUUUGACUACUUGAAGCAGAGCUGCCCUUCUGUCAUCUCUGAGUUGUUGGAGUGCGUGGCAAGGAUCAGUGAGCAUUCUGUUAUUUCAUAUGGUUACAGGAAUGAACCUUCCCUUGAUGGCGCUGAUGUGAAUGGCAGGCGAGUGAAACCAAGAAUUUACUGAGCAAGGAUUAGUGACUAUUCUGUUAUUCCAUAUAAUUACAGGAAUAGAUCUUCUUUUGAUGGUGCUGACAUGAAUGGCAGGCGAGCUAAACAAAGAAUUUACUGAGCUAAGAGACCGCAGACGGCUCAAAUUUGUUAUCCAGUAAUGAAUGUAAUCCCUAGAACUUUUAGUAACUUCUGGAUUGUAUAACAACCUAUGAGUCAUAUAUAUAUUAGCAUUAAUGGCUUUCAGCCAAAACCUUUAAUUGGUAUGUCAAUAUUAAGGGCCUGUCAGUAUUGUGUUCUGUUUUUAUCCA